GUCGUUAAUGCAUUAUAAAAGCGGGGAGCUGCAGUAGCCCCAGCACACAAUCGUGACAUCUCUCAUCCAGACAUGAAGCUCCUGAUCGUGCUGUGCCUCGCCGCCGUGGCUCUGGCCCGGCCCCAGAGUGAGAGGGAUGCCACCAUCGUCGACUACGUGAACGAACACCGCGAGGACAACUCCUACGACUUCAGCCUGGAGACUUCCAACGGCAUCAUCCGCGAGGAGUCUGGCCUUUCCUACCCUGGCGCCGACUCCGAGACGGGCAGCUACACCCAGUCGGGCAGCUUCGAGAUCCCCCACCCUGACGGUACCGUCACCUACCUGUCCUUCCUGGCCGAUGAGAACGGCUACCAGCCCGAGAGCGACGCCCUCCCCGUCUUCACCGGCCGCGUCGAUAUCCAGGACGCCUAAACUCGCUAUUUUACUUCAUUAUAUCGUAUUGUGAUUCGUCAGUGAAAUGAGACCUGUAACGGCGACGCAUCUGUACGAUAAGCAAUUGUGAUGUUUCUGCAGCUGUGAACUGAAUCAGCAAUAAACGAUCAGGAGCCACUAUGUCUAUCAUAAUCUUCAGUUUUCUGUCACCGUGUGUCAUGGCUGGCACUCAGGCUGUGCGCUUCAGUCGCUUCUUUUUCAUAUACUGCACCGUCAUGGGUGUGUUGUUCCAACGUAAGAUUGCUCCCUGUUGACUCAACAAUCAACAUACUUACAAGCAUUCUGUACAUCGCUGUCCGAUAUUGUUCAUCAAAUACAUUUCAUUU